ACAUGCUGGAGGACACAGGUUGCAAAUUUGUGAAGUAAAGUUUAUGAAAGAUGGCAGAUAAGGAGCUUGCCAGAGUGAGAGGACGGUUUGUUGAAAAGGUAUCAAAAGCCCUUCUUAAACAGCUCCUGGAUGACCUUUUAGAAGAGGGUUUGCUGAAUGAUGGAGAGACAGACUCUGUGCUCGAAGACAACAACAACAAAGCAGACAUGGCCCGUGCUCUCAUCGACAUGGUGAAGAGGAAAGGAGAUAAAGCUAGCAGGAAGAUGAUCGAACACCUGGAGAAGAGAGAUCCUACACUUUACUCUGAGCUGGGUCUGUCCUGUGGUCAGCCUCCUGCGUCUCAGAAGGAGCAAAGCUGGUCGUCCAAACUCAUCGCCACAACUGACUCUUUCUGGAGGACAAAGCUGAACGAUAAAAAUAUUUACCCUGUGGCAGAAAAGUCCAUCAGCAGUCGAGUGGCCCUGCUAAUCACUAAUCGAAAUUUUUCUGAUGAGAGAUUAACCCGAAAAGGAGCUGAAGUUGACGAGGAGAACAUGGAUAAACUUCUCCGAUCUCUGCAUUAUGAAGUGGUCAAAUACAAAGAUCUCACUGGAAAGAUGAUCAAUGAGGCUCUGAUGAAUUUCUCCAAACAUCCCAAACUCAAAGAGACAGACAGUGUGUUUGUGGUGAUUAUGUCUCACGGGAAACGGGGAAUUGUCCUCGGUGUCAAUCACAGAGAAGAAGUGGAACCAGAUGAAUUCCCUGUUGACAAUAUUUACAAGUACUUGGGCUCACAGAAAUGCUCAGCACUGCUAAACAAACCAAAGAUCAUCAUCAUCCAGGCCUGCAGAGGAGAAUCUGGUGGCUCCGUGAUGGUUAGUGACAGUGCAAAAGUGGUCUGUGAUGAUGUGUCACAGAGCCGCUUUGAUGAAAACAGCAUUGUGGAUGACUCUACUCGAUAUGUGCACAAAGAAAAGGACUUCGUUUCACUUCUGUCCAGCACCCCAGACACUGUUUCAUACAGACAGGAAGACCAUGGGUCUUUUCUGAUCCAGUUCAUCAAGGAGGUAUUCAACACGUGCUCUCAUGAGGACGACAUCGACGAGCUCUUCAGAAAAGUCAUGCAACGCUUUGAAGAUUUUCCCUCUGAGAAACUGAGACAGAUGCCAACCAAAGACAGAUGCACUCUAACCAAGCGCUUCUACCUCUUUCCAGGCCGCUGAGACAGGAUUGAAUUUUGGUCAAAGGAAACACAUAAUAAGUGCUAAUAAGUA